UACAAUGACCGGAAAAACUUGCGACUCAAAUCUGCAGCAUGGCCUAAAAGAUCUAAAACUUUCCGGAAAGUCACAUAUCGGUCAAAAUCUACAUUCGGGGAGCAAACAUCCACAACAAAGAGAUUUAUUGAGGGUUUAUCAGAACUACUUCUCUGAAAGAGGCAUUUUUUCUUUGUAGAGCUCCAAUGGCUUUGUUCCAACAAAUGUAUUCUGAUCCAUCAAUAGCAGUAAGGGUAUUCAUUCUUGUUCAAUCUCCAUGGUUGCUACAUCUACAGCUCGAAAAACUGUCUCCACUACACCCAUAAGAACUCAUGAUACUGAUUCCCAUGUUCUUCUUGGCUCUGAACUAGUAACAUUGAGAAAUCUCAUGUCUACAUUGCUGACGGUUUGAAUCAAUAUUGAUUAAAGGAAGAUAAUUUGUUCAUUACAGGGACUCGACUAUUUAUGAACUUCCUUCACUCAAUUCUGUUUACUCAGCACACUUACAAACACUAUCCAUCACAGCCUAUGCUAUUAUGAACCUUCAACAGCUCGCUACAGAUUUAGGUCAGGUACUAAUUAAGCUGUGUGAUAACAGGCUGAUUGAAACAGUUGGUAUACCGGUUGCAGAUGAUAAAGGUACUAUCUGCCUCACUGCUUGCUUCUCAUCUCCGGUAGGAUGUCCAUUGCGUUGCGCGUUUUGUGCUACAGUCAAAGGAGUGUAUUUGAGUAACCUUCAGAGGCAUGAAAUUGUUGAGAAGGUGUUAGCGAUAGAAUAAAGUUUCCAAUGUUGUGUUUAUGGGAAUGGACCAUUGUUGAACUUAAAGGCUGUUUUAAGGAUAUACAAAUUGGCCAAUGAAUGAUUACAGUUUCAACUGUGGGAGUGCCAAAAACUAUUAAAAAGUUGUCAUCUAGGACUCCAAUCCACGUUGCUGUCAGCCUACAUACCUCCAAAUCAAGUACUUCGCUAAAAAAUUGUGCCUGGUGCAAGUGCCAGAGCGUUGGAUGCACUUACGGAAGAUUGCAAGGACUACUUUGAUGAAAUUAGUCGCGAAGUAUCAUACAAGUAUACGCUUCUUGCUGGAAUCAGUGGCGCGGUAGAGCAUGUAGUAGAACUGGCAGAACUACUUCGUGCUUGAGAAGUGGUUACCAUGUCAAUUUGAUACCUGAUAAUCCAAUAGAAGCUACAGAGUUUCACCGUCCAUGCAAAAAAAAAAAAAACUAGAGAAAGAAGAAGAUUCAAACAGAGUAUUAUUGUGUUUUUCUAAUGGGUAAGUGUUGGCAUACUGAAGAUUCUGAAGAAGAAAACGGUUCUGGCAAUUGUAAGACCAGCGGCGAUCAGAUUACCUGUGAUGUUCAGAUAAGAGUAUCUCCUCCCAGCAGGCCAAAGCAACCACCAAGAAAGGAAUCAAAAGGAUUGCCAGACCCUAUCAGUCCUAAGCAAGUUGUCCCAGGCAGUCACUCUAAGAUAAGCGGUUUCUUUUCAUGGAAAAAAGGGAAACGUCUACAGUCCACCAAAUCAAAAUUGAAUUCAAGUAGUAAGACAACAUGUGCUUCGAUUCCGCCGACUGCACGAAGUGAAGGAGGGAUCUUACAAUCAUCUAAUUUGAGAAGUUUCAGUUUUAGUGAUCUGAAAACUGCUACAAGGAAUUUCAGGCCUGCUAAUGUGUUAGGUGAAGGUGAAUUUGGAUCUGUUUUUAAAGGAUGGAUUGAUGAGAAUACAUUUACAGCUACAAGGCCAUGGACUGGAAUUGUUAUUGCUGUUAAUAGGUUGAACCAAGAAGGUCUUCAGGGUCAUAGGGAAUGGCUGGCAGAAGUGGACUACUUUGGGAAGCUAUACCACCCUAAUCUUGUCAAGCUGAUUGGAUACUGUGCGGAAGAUGAACACCAACUUUUAGUGUACGAGUUCAUACCUCGUGGAAGCUUAGAGAAUCAUUUAUUCAAGAGAAGAUCCGGCUUCCAACCACUCUCAUGGAAUCUGCGAAUGAAGAUUGCUCUUGGAGCAGCAAAAGGCCUUGCGUUUCUAAAUAGUGCAGAAACACAAGUCAUCUAUAGAGACUUUCAAGCUUCAAAUAUCCUGCUUGAUUCGACUUAUAACACAAAGCUUUCGGAUUUUGGGUUUGCGAGCAAUGAUCCUACUGGUGAUAAUAGUCAUCUGUCUACUAUUAGGGUCAUUGGCACCUAUGAUUGUGUCGCUCCUUGGCAUCAAGCUACAGGUCAUCUAACUGUAAGCUGCAACAUAUACCGCUUCGGGGUUGUUUUCUUAGAAAUGUUAUCUGGUCGAAAAGCAAUAGACAAGAACCGGCCAGCUGGAGAACACAAUCUGAUUGAAUGGGCAAAGCGUUCCCUGUCCAGCAAACAUAGUGUUUUACAUAUAAUAGAUGCCCGAAUUGAGGGUCAAUACACACAGUCAGGAGUGUUAAAGGCAGUUAACCUUGCUAUGCAAUGUCUAUCCGUGGAUCCCAAGUGCCGACCAACCAUGGAAGAAGUUGUAGCUUCACUUUUAGGGCUUCAGGAUUCUAAUGGACUUCCGUCUGAGAUCCCUGCAUAGUUCUUUAUUUUGGCAAGUGUAUUCGACUUGAGUUGGUCUUCACGUCAAUUGUUUCUUUUGGGAAUUUUUGUAACAUUGGAUAUGUGGACAUGAAAAUGAAAUCCUUUUAUGCA